AGAAUGUUUAUAUGUAUGCAGGGGUUUAAUCACCAUUUUGUACUUGAUGGUGAUGUUCCCAAAAUGUUAACUUUUUCAUAAAAAAUUGUUCCAGAAAUGUAUUAAACUUCCAUUGAAAUACAUUUUAAAAAUCAAAUCAGUGAUUAAAGGGUUGACACUUCUUACCUUACCUGGGCUGCUUUCAACUGACCCAGAAAGAGCCCCCAAAAACAUCAGCUACGAUACUGUUUCAUACUGUACACAGGCAUAAAACUUCUAAAGGUAAAAAAGGUUUUCCUUUGAGUUUGAGGACAUUGUAAUGCUUCACAGAGCCUCAAGGAAGAAGGCUAAAUGGUUUUGUAACAUAGCUAAGGGAACUUUCAGAAUCUAUAGAACGGGUACAUGGAGUAAUUUUGGGGAGUAUCAUGCCUUUUGAAUUUCAGUUCUGAGGAGAGUUUUGCUUUUAAAUAUUUAGUCCAGGGGAGGGUCAUGUAAUUUGAAAUGGAUGACAUUUCAAUAUUUAAUGAAAAAUAUUUAGUGAGAAGUUCUUUAUCAGAAUAUAUACUGACUCUUUUGUUUAACAGCAUUUAGCAAUGAAUGGAGACGCACACCUUGGGAUCAGAAAGAGGAAAUGCUGCAGAAACUGAAAGACUAUGUGCCUGGAAACCCUCAGGUGAAGACUAUCAGAAUCCUCCUCCAUGGACCAGCUGGAGCGGUAUGAAACCCACAAAAUUGUGAAAGAAAAACCUGGAACCUACUACCCCUUCCUCUUCUAUGAUGUCAUGGGGCUGGAGAAUGGUAUUGACAAAGGAGUUUAUGAUGCGGACAUUGUCAAGGCCCUGAAGGGGCAUGUAAAAGAGGGUUACAUGUUUAAUCCUGCAUCACCUUUAGAAGAGGAGAAUGAGUACUAUGCCAAGGCCCCCACUCCAUCUGACACAGUUCACUGCCUAGUUAGUGCAAUACCAGCUGAUAAACUACCUAUGAUGAAGACCAACAAGAAUGACGAGGCGGAUGAUAUCUUCAAGAAGAUGAGAACCAUCAGACUCGCUGCAAGUUGUAUAGGGAUUCCCCAAAUGGUUAUUCUCACCAAAGUGGAUUUAGCCUGUCCAUUGGUGAGGGAAGACCUGAAAAAGGUCUAUUGGAGCAAGUAUAUAAAGGAGAAGAUGGAGCAGUGUAGUAAUGAACUGGGGGUACCAGUGAACUGCAUCCUGCCUGUGAAGAACUACCACGAGGAAAUCGACUUGGAUGAUGACAUGGAUGUGCUGCUAUUGAGAGCACUGAGGCAGAUGGUAGACUUUGCAGAGGGCUUCAAGCUAUCACAAGCUGACUGAUGGAUGUACAGUACUCGAUCUACAGCGUGUCACUGUAUAAUACCUCCAUCUAAAGAAGCCCUGUUCACACCUGGUAUUUACACCUGACUUCUGUGAUCCAAUCACCAUGAUCAGAUUACUCUCCAACUAUGGUCCAGUGCGUCCACAAAAGGGUUGGCAUCAUUUCUGAUUUCUAACUGAAAAUACAUUUUGAAUUUCAUUCAAAUCUUGAGUUUGAAUUAUAAUUGUCUGUACUGUAUAAUCAACUGCUUCCCAAUCUGCUUAUCUAUGUCCCUCUACUCUGGGAAUGGUCUGUCAAAGUCUGUCAUUGUUGGUAGGACAUUCAUUAAACAAUAGUGUCACGUU